GCGAGCAGCUGUGAGGGGAAACGAAGCUUCGAGUCAGACCAGCCAGCGUCACACAGAGACCACAUGAGAGACGCUGGCAGCAUUCAUUUAGGCCUGGUUUGGGUCAGCAAAAUCGUGAGACAACAUCGUUGCAAGAAGGAGCCGCUCAAAUUUAACAGGGAUUUUGCAAUUUUACAUCAACAACUACAGAAAUGCAGGCAGUCAGGUCUCUGUUCAUCCCCAAGUGGUCUUCAGAUGUGCGUCUAGAAGGGAAGACUGCUAUAAUAACGGGGGCCAACGUCGGAAUAGGCAAAGAGACGGCGAAAGACCUGGCCAGCAGAGGUGCACGGGUGAUUCUGGCGUGCAGAGACAUGGCGAAAGCAGAACAAGCUGCUCGUGACAUCCUGAGGGAGGUGACGGGAGCAAAGGUUGUCGCCAGGCAUCUGGAUCUGGCUGACACCAAAUCGAUCUGCCUGUUCGCUGAGAAUAUCUACAACAAUGAGAAGGCUCUUCACUAUCUCAUCAACAAUGCAGGUGUGGCCAUGUGCCCUCACGCCACCACAGUGGAUGGGUAUGAGAUGCAGUUUGGAGUCAAUCACUUGGGUCAUUUCUUCCUGACCUUUCUGUUACUGGACUUGCUGAAGCAUUCGGCUCCAUCCCGGAUCAUCAACUUGUCCUCGAUGGCUCACAACAUGGGCAAGAUCCAGUUUGAUGACCUGAGCGGUGCGAAAAACUACAACCCCGUCAAGGCCUACGCACAGAGCAAGCUGGCCAACGUCCUGUUUACCAGCGAGCUGGCCAAAAGGACUGAGGCUCUAGGUGUGAUGGCUUACUCUGUGGACCCCGGCAUGGUGAACACGGAAAUAACAAGGCACAUGGGGCGCCCUCUUGUGGCCAUAACCAAGACGAUUGGUUUCGCAUUCAAGACCCCGGCAGAGGGAGCCUACACCACCAUCUACUGCACCGUCACUCCUGAGAACCAGCUGGUCACUGGAGGAUACUACAAGGACUCUGCCAGUGCACAGAGCUCCAGGGCAGGACAGGAUGAUGGCACUGCCUUAAAGCUGUGGGCUGUCAGCUGCCACAUGCUCGGUAUCCGCUGGAAAUAAACUCACAUUUAAAUAUGCUCUUCUUCAUGCUCUGAAGCACUAUACAUGAGCACACACAGUGAUACCCCUAAUAUUAACAGAUAGUAUGCUGAUGCUAGAUUUACUGAAUUCUGAAAAUGUGAUAAGUGAUGGGCAGACAUGGUGUAAGAAAGUACCCUAAUAUAUUUAUUGUAAUAGAGUUUGAUUGGUGAAAACUCAGGUGAUGAGGUUGUGAAAGGUUGGAGAAAGCGAUGAU